AUGCCAGUACCCCUUUACCCUGCGCCCAGUUUCUUCCACGCUUGUGGCCACUUCGAAGUCGGAGGGUUGUUCACAACCGAAGCGUUUCAGGGGCUGAGCCUUGACACGCCACGUUCGGAGUCGCACCACGGGAAGGGUGGUCAUGCCCAAUUUGAAAGUGGAUGCCGAAGAUAUGUGAUCAAGUCAUUGUCGAAGGAUGACAACAAAACACUCCUCAGGAUCGCAGGUCCACUGAUAGAGAGGAUGCUUUCAGGGUCUACGAUGCUUUGCCCCAUCUAUAUGCACUUCAAAGAUAUUGCCACGGGACAAUACUUUAUGGCGAUGCGCAACCUGACAGAGAUGGGUCCAUGGUGUGCCAAGUACGACCUCAAGGGCUGUGAUGACGACAAGACCUUGGAGGUGAAGGGCCGAGUGAUCCGGCCAGUCAGGAAGCGGUUCUACCGUCCUCACAUGUGGUGCGCCUGUAUGUGGUCUUCCGAGAGAUGGGAGUACUACCAGGGCAAGCUGCGUAGUCAUGGUCCAAGGUUGGGACUUGCAGCCCCUGUACGCGAAGAAGCGGUGAAGCAGAUUGCUUCAGAUGCUGAUUGGCUCAUCAGUCAGAACAUUAUGGACUAUUCCUUGCUCAUAGCCAUUCGUCGCUUGCCUCCAGAAGUGGCAAAGUCCUGUGGCGCAGGUCCGCUUCCUGUGGCGGCAUCAACCUGUGCACCAGGCGUGCACCGAUGGGCAAUGCUUGAUAAAGCCUCUGGUGAGCUUGUCGUCCUUCAUAUGGGCAUUAUAGAUUUUCUGCAGCCUUGGACAACGUCCAAAGUAGCUGCAAUGUACAUCAAAUCCUUUGAGUUCAACAAGGCAACAGUGCCGCCACCUCUUUAUGGACGGAGGCCUCAACCGACAAGCGAUUGGACAGCGGUCUAUGUAAACUUUGGUGUGGGGUCAAGCAACAUCAAGCAUUGUGUUGGGCAAUGGCAGCCAUGCAUAACCAACCAUCAAAUAACUAUUUUGGUGAAAAAAGAUCGAAAAAACAAAAAGCAAAUGAACAUGCAAAAGCAGCGCAAUUUGCUUUGUUUUUACAUUUGUUGUGUUUUUUGUUUUUUCCUGGUACCACUUCUGCACUUAUGA